CGAAGCCACAGCUGAUUUCACAUGCGUCUAACCGCGACACCGCGCGCCUGCUGAGCGUUCCUCUCGUGAAAAUGCCGGCAACUUAAUACUUCGAACAAUAAAGUUAUAAAUAAUUCCGAAAGUGAAUGUGUUAUUGAUCUUAUAUGGACCAUUUAUUUACCACAUAAGGAUACAACGGAUUUGCCGUUCCGAUAUUGUUUUUAGCGGAUGGUGUCUCAAUGUGAGUGCUGAGCCAUGCGCAGCGACGUGGCAUACCGCGGGCUCUCGCAGCACGUGGAAUUAGACCGAGCAGCCGACCCUAGGGACCGGUUCACAUUACAGGAACUCAUCGGAGAGGGCACUUAUGGAGAAGUAUAUUGUGCUCGGGAUAAGAAGACUGGUAGAAGAGUUGCAGUAAAGAUUUUGGAAAACAUCACAGAAAACAUCGAGGAAAUAGAAGAAGAGUUUCUCGUGUUUCGUGACUUAUCAGGUCAUCGCAAUAUCCCGGAGUUUUUCGGGUUGUUUUUGAAACGCGGCGUGUGUCCAGAUGACGACCAAAUAUGGUUUGUCAUGGAGCUCUGUACCGGCGGUUCGGUGACUGAUUUAUGCGCGGGAAUGCGGGCUCGCGGUAGCAAUCUCACCGAACCACAACUCGCGUAUGUGUUGCGAGGAACCGUUCGGGCCUUGACACAUCUACAUGCUCACCGAUGUAUGCACAGAGACGUUAAAGGGCAUAACAUUCUUCUUACUGAAGAUGGAGAGGUUAAGCUUGUAGAUUUCGGAGUGUCAUCGCACUUGGCUGCCACAGCCGCCAGGCGAAAUACGUCAGUUGGCACGCCCUACUGGAUGGCUCCAGAGGUCAUAGCGUGUGAACAACAGCUGGACGAAUCUUAUGAUUGCCGCUGUGAUGUAUGGUCAGUGGGCAUAACGGCCAUAGAAUUAGCUGAAGGUGAACCACCACUGUCAGGCUUGCACCCGAUGAGAGCACUGUUCCAAAUACCUCGGAAUCCUCCGCCAUCUUUGGCGCAUCCGGAAAUGUUUUCACCACAGCUCGUAGACUUCAUAGCAGAUUGUUUGAUAAAAGAUAUGAACCAGAGGCCGUUUGCGAGAGAGCUUUUGGAACAUCCUCUACUACUCGCAGUCAGUAGCUUUGAGGAUAAGAUCCGUAAAGAGCUUCAAGCGGAGAUAAAACGACAAAGAGCUGAAGGUCGAGGUUCUCGCGCGCCGGAGGCUACGACUAAGAGAGGAAAACUCAAAUCACAUCGAAAAGCGCGACCAGAGAAAAUGUACACAGAUGACCUCGCGACAUUAGAAGUGUUGACUGAAGACGCUAUCGUAGAACAACUACAUAAAAGAUAUACACAAAACCAGAUAUACACUUACAUAGGUGAUAUACUGGUCGCUGUAAACCCAUUCACCGACGUGGGAAUUUACACCACAAAGACUCAACAGAUAUACCAAGGUCGGUGUCGGUCCGACAAUCCGCCGCAUAUCUAUGCGGUAGCGGAUGCUGCUCAUCAGGCUCUGAUGCAUCAGAAGCUGCACCAAGCCAUCGUGAUAUCUGGAGAAAGUGGUGCUGGGAAGACUGAGUCAGCCAAUCUUUUACUCAAACAGCUGGUGUUUUUGUCGAAGACGCAAAAUCGCAACCUGGAAGAAAAAAUCCUUCAAGUAAAUCCAAUAAUGGAGGCCUUCGGCAACGCUCGCACUGGCAUCAACGCCAACAGUUCUCGUUUCGGCAAAUAUUUAGAUUUGUCUAUGAUGAGAGUUGGGCGUAUAUCUGGAGCUAGAAUAUCAGUGUAUCUUCUAGAACAAUCCAGAGUGGUACAUCAAGCAUUAGGCGAAAGCAAUUUUCACGUAUUCUACUACUUGUACGAUGGCCUGGAGAGUGAGGGUCGAUGGAGGAAGUUCUAUCUGGAUGAGCAGCUUAAAUCUAGACAUCGGUAUCUGCAGCCCCUAUCUAUCGCACACAGGGAACACAACGUCCAUCGAUGGAGACAACUCAAUCAGGCCUUCAAGGUGGUCGGUUUUCAAGACGAAGAGGUGAUAGUUAUCUACAAAAUGUUAGCGGCAAUACUUCACCUAGGAGAUAUAGAAUUUGGUGAAACAGCUGGCGAAGACAAUACAGAUAAUAAGGCAACCAUCAUUGACACCGCACCGCUGCACAGAGCCUCCUGUCUCCUGGGUGUAGAAACAGUGGAUCUUCGAGAAUGCCUUACUAGUAGCAGCGUGGUGGCGCGAGGAGAAACUAUCGCACGACACAGCUCUCCCACUGAAGCCGCCGUUGCAAGGGACGCUACUGCUAGAGGGUUAUAUGCAAGGGCCUUUGACAGAAUCGUUGAAAGGAUCAAUGCAUUGCUAUGCCAAAAUAGACCUAAUGUAAACGAACAGCUCUCCAUAGGCAUUCUGGACAUUUUCGGAUUUGAGAACUUCAACAACAACUCCUUUGAGCAGCUUUGCAUUAAUAUUGCAAACGAACAAAUCCAAUAUUACUUCAAUCAGCAUAUUUUUACUUGGGAACAACAGGAGUAUAUGGCUGAAGGUGUUCCAGUGGAUCUAGUGGAGUUUUCUGACAACAGGCCAGUGUUGGACAUGCUGUUGUCAAGACCUAUGGGAAUGCUGGCUUUACUUGAUGAAGAGAGUCGAUUCCCGAGGGCCACUGAUAGAAGUUUGAUUGAAAAGUUCCAUAACAACAUUAAGAGCAAAUACUACGUCCGUCCAAAAUCUGACGCCAUUUGCUUCGCUGUCCAUCACUUCGCUGGUCGCGUGGUGUACCAAGCGGAGGGUUUCUUAGAAAAGAAUCGCAACUUCCUUCCACCUGAAGUCGUCCAGCUCAUGAGACAGAGCCAAUACGACAUCAUCAGAUUCUUGUUCCAGUGCCCGAUCACAAAGACUGGCAAUCUAUAUUCACCACUGCAAGGAGAUUUAGACUCCAGAAGCUUAGAGAGUCCCACGUCUAGUGAUAUUAGGGAGCGCUUCAACAGUCGAGGCCUCGCCUCUCAAUCCCGGGCACAGCAAACAGUCUCCACGUACUUCAGGUACUCCCUAAUGGAGCUACUUCAGAAGAUGGUGAGCGGAACCCCUCAGUUCGUGAGAUGUCUCAAACCGAACGACUCUCGCUCUCCAAAGCACUUCGAUUCCGCGAAAAUAUUGAAACAACUCCGAUACACUGGAGUUUUGGAGACAAUUAGGAUAAGGCAAACUGGAUUCUCUCACAGGCUUACCUUUGAAGAGUUCUUGAAAAGGCAAGUGUAUGGCUUCCUAGCGUUCAGUUAUGAUGAGGAAGUAAAGCCCAACCGUGAUACGAGUAGACUAUUGCUGCUACGGUUGAAGAUGGAUGGGUGGGCACUCGGAAAGUCAAAGGUGUUCCUGAAGUAUUAUCACGUUGAAGUCCUCUCCAGGAUUUAUGAGGAGCAGAUAAGAAAAAUAGUACUAGUCCAAGCAUGUGUCCGCGGUUGGUUGGCUCGGCGUCACUUCCAAAGACUAAAGGCACAAAUGGCAAUAUCAGUACUGACGCUGCAAAAGCACGUGCGAGGUUGGCUCACACGCAAGAGACUGCAGGAGAGACAGAGACAACUGGCGAGAGAGUUCCAGAUGGAGCAAGAGAGCCAGAGGAAACAACAUAAGUCUGGUGUCCCUAGUAAGAAUAAAGCAAUGAUGAAGGCGAAAGUAUUGAGACGUAUGACGUCAGACGACAGUGACACAAACGAAGCAAUGUCCGGCAACAAAGAAAACAUCGAUACUAAUAAAGCUGCUGUUGUUAUACAAAGUCAUUUCCGUGGUUACACAGCGCGUCGCAAAUGGGCGAAAGGUCGUGCGCCGCCUCCUCCUCCGCAGGGCGCUCCGCCCUCACCACCGCUCCUCAUGCAGCAUUACUCCGCACAGGAGAGAGCUUCACAGCUACAGACAUUCGCAGACCAGGUGCACGAUAAGAAUCAAGAAGUACAUAAGAACUUAAGGCGCAACAAGCCUGGUAUCAGACUCGUCGAAGUUCAGCGAGCUGAUGAGUACAGGCAGCCUCCAGGGUUCACGCUGGUACCAGCCAUCGUGCGAGGACAACCCACCCAGCUGGAGAGAGACGCCAGUAGACUGUCCAGUCCGUCGCCCGAGUUCCUCGAGAGUCCCGCUAGGCCUUGGGACGAACCGUUGAUAUAUAAGAAAGAAAUUGAGAUCAAAAACCCGAGAUACCAACCCACAAGCAACGGUCACGGGUACCAGGACGACAGACAUGUGCAGAACAACUGGCAGAGUCAGAACUUGCCGUGCAGCCGGCAGUGUGGCGGACUAGUCAGCAAUAAAAUCAACGAGCUAGUUCGAAAAUCACAGAAAUCGGAACCACCACCACGUCCCGCGUACAACCCCACCUACGAUCCGGAGUCAGACUUUAGAAAGAUAUUGCGGAACUCACCAGAAAUACUCGCCACGCCUAUAUUUAGCUCCGACGACGACUAUACGGAGGGUCCAUUUAGAUUCAAACAAUUGUUGCGACCCACUUUGGGUCCCACAGAGAGCCUUCGGAAAAGAAAAGUCCGUAACUCCUCCGGUCAAAGUCCCUGGAUGUCGGAUAGUUCACAGGACAGUACCAGUUCGAAGCAAGCUCUAUGCAAACGCCGUCCACAGAUUAGUAUGGGGGUCUUCUACAAUUAAUAGGGUGAAGGCAACUUAUACAGUUAGAAGCAGGCGAGUUCCACCUCUACCUCCUAGAGAUAAUGUGCUCCUAACUUCCCAGAAGUUUGACUGUUAUAGUCAACGGAGUUUCCCAUGGCUUGUUGUAUAUGUUGUAUAUGAUAGUCACGUAACAGGAAUAGUUUCUCUAGCUGUAAGCAAUCAAACAAUGCAAAGUCUAUAAAACUCUUCAAGUCUUCUCAAUAACUACUAUGUUCUUAAAAAUUGUAUUGUGUUUAAGAAUCAAAUAUGGCGGCGGUUACAUUGUUUCCGUCUAUUUUGAACAAUGCUGAUUGUGCUUGCCUCACAGCCAUAAUUUAGUAAUAUUUAGGAGCACUUAAAAUUUAUAUAGUCUAUAAACUUAAAUUAUUGGAAUUAUGUUCGUACAGCCGUCGUCCUAAUGAGAAACGUUGUUUGAACUGUUUCAAAGAAAAGUAAAUUCUAUGUUUUAGUUUACGUUUCUGUCCAAAAUACUCAAUAGUUUUUAUUUUUGUGCCGUUUAUUCGAA